CUUAUUUUCCAAAAAACUCAAUUUCAUCAUUUUUCUCUCUAGUUUCUGCAGAAUUUAUUCACACUCAAAUAUUCAAAUCACAUUUUCAUAUUUAAAUUCUUUUGUUCCCGUCGUUGAUUUUCUUUCGUUACUUCGAAAGUAGCUGCUACAGUUUCAACCCUCGAGUAUAUAUAAACCCCCACUACUCAUUUUUAUUGGAAAAGCUCAUAACUCAAUCUGAACUAUCCAAAUUUUCAAAAAUUUAAUUCUAUUUUUUUUAUAGCAAAAAUGAUGUUUGAAAACAGUGAAUUUAUCACUAAUUUUGAACUUCUUGAAUCAAUUAGGCAACACUUACUUGAAGACUGGAACUCCCCUUUAUCAAAUUCCGAAAAUUCCACUUCUCUUUAUUCCACUGAGACCCAAAUAUUUCCUAAUUUAUUUUCUGAUAAUUGGGAAAAAUUUCCAAUUAAUGAAAAUGACACGAAAAAUAGAUAUAUUUACAGUAAUGCCAUUACUGAGCAUUCAGCUUCUGCUGUCAAAAUCGAGCCUGAAUUUUCUAAUUUCUUAGAAAAUGACACAGAAAACAUGUAUAUUUACAAUAAUGCCAUUAACGAGCCGACACAAUCUGCUGUCAAAACAGAACCUGAAGUUAGCGUUAGUUCGCCGGAAAUGUAUAAUUUCACCGCACCUGCGGCUGCGCCGCCGAGAGCGAAAAAAGCAGAGCGUUACAGGGGAGUAAGACAGAGGCCGUGUGGAAAAUUUGCGGCGGAAAUUAGGGAUCCGGCGAAGAACGGAGCUAGGGCUUGGCUGGGGACGUACGAGACGGCGGAGGAUGCGGCGUUGGCGUACGAUAAAGCGGCGUACCGAAUUCGGGGCUCGCGUGCAUUGUUGAAUUUUCCGUUGAGGGUUGAUUCGGGUGAACCGGAACCGGUUCGGGUUGGUUCGAAGAGGUCGUCAAUUUCGCCGGAGAGUUCUUCCUCAUCGUCGUCGGAAAAUGUUUCGACGAAGAGGACGAAGAAGGUUGCCCAACUAUACAGCUGAGGGUUAAUUUGGGAAUUUCAAAAUUGUACAAUUUCAUGAAUAGGUUGAGUUCAAUAUUUUAUUUCAUUUCCUCUCCUCGUAGAAAUUUGUUCUUCUCGGUAGGAUUGAGGAAUUUGUUCAAUGUAUUAAAUUGUUCGUUUAAAAUAACAUUUAUUGCUCUCUUCAUCUCAA